AUGUCGAUCGCGGUCGCAGCUGCCGACCGUCCGGACGAGCUCGUCCGCCGCCGGGACGGGAUCGUGAAGUCGCUCUACGGCUUCCCGUCUGUCGCCGCUGCCGCCAACGGCAGACCGGAGGAAGCGGAGCAGCCGGCAGUCGACGCAACGAGCUACUGCUGCUCCUCCGGCGGCGGCAGCCAGAAAAGCUCCUCGGAAGAGGCCAACGAGCUGCAGGAUGCGCUCGACGACGCCUUCGUGCUGCUCGACGAAGUCCUGCGGCUCAAGAAGAUCCUCGACAACAAGAACGAAGAGAACGAGAGUUCUCUGUUCGAAUCGCUGCGAUGCCUGCAGUUGAUGGAGCUAACUGUCUCCACCCUCACGGCGACUGAUAUCGAAAACAGCGUGCGCGGUGUGGAACGGCAUGGUUCGACGCGUGUCCGGCAGCUCGCCCGCGUCCUGCUUGGCGGCUGGGCGGAACUCCUGGGUGAUUCGUUGAAUACUACGGAAGCUGUCGCAGAUGCUCCGGACACUGCAGCGAACUCUUUGGAUGACCCAUGGGCCAACUUUCCACCUCUGGACGAGGGAGCGCUGCGUGCGAUAAAUGGCCCUCCGGUUGAUCUCGACGAACUGUUCAGUAAAAAUCCUAGAAAAAUUCACAAAUUUAAGGGAGACGACGUCAAGAGAGCUGAUGAGGCAUGCAAAGAAGAAAGAAAGCAAGAGAAUUGUGUGCAAGGCAGUACCAGUGGAAAGAGAAAGCGCGAAGAUGCUGUCGGCCAAUCAGAGCCUCAAAAUACACUGACCAAGAGAGGCAGGACUAGCAAUGCAAGUUCGAAGACGUCGGGAAAGGAUUUAAAACGAUAUGUUGAGACGAUGAAGAAAGACAACUGCGAGCUUGCAAAUGAGCCGUCCACCGUCACAAAGAUGACUAGGCAGCAGUGCCCUACUGAUGAUUUGCUGAUUGAGGCGAAGCUGGAGGCCUCACGGACGCGGAUCAACGAAGGGUAUAAUAAGGCAAAAGAUGAGAAGCAGCGGCGGAAAAUUCAGCUUCUUGAUUUGCGCGACAUUCCGAAGCCUGUCGACAGCAGGAAGUCUUAUAAAGCGGAUCCUGGGGAGUCAGGUUUUUCCAUUCUUCUUUUUGGUCUUACUUUGGAAACUAGACACCUCUCCAAUCCUCUUGAUUUUCUGCAUUAUUAUCCAAGCAUCCAACUUUUGAAGCAGAGAAAAUAUGAGAACUAG